ACUAUUUUCAAUUUUCAGUUUUCACACCGUCAACAAAUAUCCUCUCAAAUCUCAAUCCUGAUCCACAAAAUGCCCAAACCUCAGCUGUGCGCCCUUCUCUUCCUGCAUUUCCUAAUCUGCGGAGGGAUCUCACUUUCGGAUCUCAAUUCCAGCGAAUUGGCGGGGAAGAUCAGCGAGUGCGCGGCGGGGGAGGAGCUCGUGGAUUCGGAGAGCAAUCGGAGGGCGCUUCUGAUGCGGCGGAGAUACAUCAGCUACGACACGCUGAGAAGAGAUUUGGUGCCGUGCGAUCGCCCCGGAGCUUCGUAUUACAACUGCAAGGCCGCCGGCGUCGCCAAUUCCUACAGCAGAGGUUGCGAGAUGAUCACGAGAUGCGCCAGGGGAGACUGAUGGAUCAUGGAACUAUGUCUAUGGUAAUUUUUUUGACCUUCAAUUUUUUUAUUUUAUUUUUAUUUUUAUAAUAUAGCAAGGUUAUCGUCACUCUUUGUAUAUUUGUUGUAAUGCAUAAUCUUGCUAUUUUGUGAUGGAUUUAGUUGUUGAAUAUCCCCGUAUAAAAUGUAAUUUGACUUCAUUAUUUUGUCCAAUGCGAAAAUGAGGAUUUUGUAA